AUGAAACCAUACUUCGGCCUUCGGGGCACGAACCUGAAUAUUAUGAUCGGUGUCAUUGCUGGUCUUGAUUUCUUGCUAUUCGGAUAUGACCAGGGUGUUAUGGGAGGUCUAUUGACAUUAAACUCAUUUGUUACGGUCUUCCCGGAAAUCGACACCACUAAAUCGAGUUCAGGGACGAGUAGCAACGCCACUACACAGGGAAUCACUAUCGCUUCUUAUAACCUGGGCUGCUUCUUCGGCGCAAUCUUCUGUAUCUGGAUUGGAAACUACCUUGGUCGCCGUAAGACAAUUUUCGCCGGCUCCAUCAUCAUGGUGAUCGGGGCUACGCUACAGGCCAGUGCUUACUCCCUGCCGCAUCUCAUUGUCGGCCGUGUUGUUACUGGUAUCGGAAACGGCAUGAACACCUCUACCGUCCCUACAUGGCAGUCUGAAUGUUCCAAGUCCCACCACCGCGGAAAACUUGUCAUGCUAGAGGGUUCCUUGAUUGCUGCUGGAAUUACGAUCAGUUACUGGCUUGAUUUUGGAUUCUCCUUCCUUGACCCUAGCUCCGUUGCGUGGCGUUUCCCAAUUGCCUUCCAAAACGUCUUCGCACUAGUCAUCUUAAUCUUCGUGAUGCCGCUCCCCGAAUCACCUCGCUGGCUGAUCCUCAAGGGCCGCGAGCAGGAAGCAUUGCAAGUUCUCUCUGCGAUUCUAGACUUAGAUGAGAAAGAUCCUUAUGUCCACUCCGAAUUUUCCGCUAUCAAGGAUGCAGUCCUGGCUGCCUCGAGUGUCAGCUUCCGUGACUUGCUCACCAUGGAUGAGAACCGCCACUUCCACCGUGUUGUACUCGCCUACGUCAACCAGAUGUUCCAGCAGAUCUCUGGUAUCAACCUGAUCACCUACUACGCUGCUACUAUUUAUGAGAACUCUCUUGGUAUGGAUGGCCUGACAUCACGUAUUCUAGCUGCCUGCAACGGCACUGAAUAUUUCUUGGCGUCUUUGAUCCCCAUCUUCAUUAUUGAGAAGGUGGGCCGACGAGUUCUGAUGUUGAUCGGCGCCGCUGGUAUGUCGAUUUCAAUGGCCGUUUUGGCCAUCACGACUAGCUUUGAGCACGAGAGCAAGCCUGGUAUUGCUGCUGCCGUGUUCUUGUUUGUCUUCAACACAUUCUUUGCCCUUGGCUGGCUGGGAAUGACCUGGCUGUAUCCCGCUGAGAUUGUGCCUCUACGAAUCCGUGCUCCCGCCAAUGCACUCGCAACUUCGGGUAACUGGAUCUUCAACUUCAUGGUUGUCAUGGUCACGCCUGUUGCAUUCGACACAAUCAAGUACAAGACAUAUAUUAUUUUUGCUGUCAUCAAUGCAUUCAUCUUCCCCGUUGUCUACUUCUUCUACCCUGAAACUGCCUAUCGAUCCCUGGAAGAGAUGGACACGAUCUUCCACAAGACAUCCAGCGUCUUCAAUGUCGUCUCGGUCGCCCGCAACGAGCCCCAUCGCUACGGUAAGAAGGGCGAGCUUCUCAUCAACUACGAGGACACCGAGGAGCACCUGCGCCGCGCUAGCUAUAUUUCAGAGAAGAAGAUCAAGCUGGGCAGUGGGACGGACGUGGAGACUGGAAAGGGUACCCAUGUUGAGCACCGCAAGGAUAGCUCGUCUAACAGUAGUGAAGGCCUUUGA